GAUCUAAUUCUUUAAAGAGGAAGAUGCAUGCAAGCAGCUUUGGAGGCUAUAAUUUCUUGAAUGAAAGAGAAGGAAAAUGAUGCAUACGUGUCGAAAAGCUUUUUAAAAGUCAAGGACAAUGAAUAAAAAACUUCUAAACAGCUCAUGUCGGUGGCUGUGUGACUAUAAGACUAUAAGUAACCUUGAAUUGCCAGACUGGAUCUAAUUAUCGUGAAUCAGUGUUGUUCCAGAUCUUAUGGAACAAAAUCGCAUGAUGGCAUGAGAAUUUCGACUCUUUCAAGGGGGAAGCGGAGGGUUGUUUAACUAUUAAAAACAAGAUAGAAUGUUCAAGAAUAUCAAUGUGUCUUGAGCUACCAGACAGCCUUUACGGCGAAAAGCUGUGCUUCAGUUACUUUUACGGGUGGAUCUAUCCAUCUACUAUCUAUUAAAGAAAAGGAUAAACAAUGGAUUAAAGUCUGCUGAGCAUGGCUGCUCUUGUUGUGUAACUGGGCGAAUAAUUUCGCUUUCAUCCACAGCACAGGAUGUUCAGUUUAAUGCCCUUGGUUAACGGUCGGUGAUUGACUAUUGACUACCGCAGGCCAGUUUUUGGAUGCGGUGACGGAGCCCCAGUUAUGCGCAAUUACCGUGGCGUCUUUUUACACUCCACACUGUAUUCGGUAGCCGAUGGUGGUGAAAGCAGCAAAUGGGAUUCAGUACCACACCAAGGCUAUGCUAAAGGGGAUGAGCCUUGAUUUCAUGGGCUAUUUUGACGGAAAUUUCAAAGCAGGAAGCUUGUCCUUUUUGAUACAUUAAUCAAUUGAGGAAUUAAUCGGCAUCAUGUUGGACGAUUUCCGGCUGAGUGUUCCAGAUGUUUAUUAUUUUGAAGAUUUUGUGGAAGCAGAGAAGACCGAAAGAUCAGAAAGUACGAAGUCAAAGACGAUGAUGCCAGAAGGACCUAAAAGCAAUGGAAGAAUUCAGUCCAAUGGUGGUGCUCAUGAUGUCGACAUGAUCGGGGUAUGUGCGCCAAAGUGCUACAUGUCUUCUCCAGAUCUACAUCGUCAUCAGCUGUCAUCAUCGGAAAGAUCCAAUGAUAUGAGAAGAAUGCUCAACGAAAAGAACGACGAGGCCAUCAUUGUAUUGCGUGGUAACCCUGAACAUAAUAUAGCCGUCGAAUCGGAUGAAGAGUCGGUCUACGAGCAGUUAGAUAUUGUUGGAGAUUCACACAAUCUCCGGUAUCCAUGGCAACAGGAUGUGACAACGCAAUGUGGUCGCAACACCAGCAGGAAUGUCGGCAGCCAGACGGAAUUAACAGAGAUGUGCGAAAAGUGUUACACCGAGAGGGCACCGAAAGCAGAGAAAUCGUCUUCGAUUUUACCGCGGGCGUUCCGCAAGAAGCUUUCCAAAACUCAAAGCUCUGAGCAGUUCAGAGGCUUCGGGCAUGAACGUGCCUUACCUCCAUCGCGGCAUGGAAGCAUCAGUGUCCUGCCCACUGGAAGACCACUUGUUGAUAUCAAAAGACUACAUGACUACCCGGAUCCUAUCAUGGCAUCAAUGCCGAACAUUAAUACCGCUGAUUCACGAACACCGUCACAAGGAUCACGGACCUCGCCCUUCCCUUCUCCGUUCCCCUCACCAGACGUGUCGAAGAGACCGAUGGUAAAAGACGCUGCUGGCAUCAUACAUCCUACGUUCGUUGUCAGCUAUCAUCCCGAUGAUUCAGACUCAUUAUCUGGGGUCAAUGCAGGAAGUCAUGAUGAUUCGUCUGGGUCUGUAACGAGUAGCGGAAGUUCACUCCGGAUUCCAUCGCCUGAAUUGUCACAAAAUGUUAAAUCUUCAUACCCCAAACAUCGAAAGGUUGAGCCCCAGGACCAAGGAGAAGACGAAGAGAAUAUCCCUCCGCCGAGGUACCACAUGAGACGGAGAAGGGAUGCUGUAAUAACACAAGUAGCACAAGCUGUUUCAGAAAUGGGGUCUGAAGAACAAGAGUCGAACAAUUGCAAACCUGAUUCACCGCCGCAACCUGCACGAAACACCUCCAUCCCUGGUUUAUCAACACCUCAGAUGGACUCUCUCCUACCCACAGCAUCACGGAAACAAUCUAAUGAACAUCGGGCCAGUAUCAUGAGUGAAGCCAGUUUCACUUUACAAUCUGUUGCAGCCAGACAUGUUCAGGGUUUCAUCGAAUCAAGUGUCCAAGGUUUGGAUAACCAUGUUGCCAGCGAAGAAGUACAAGACAGCAAGAAGAGAAUAGCUGCCAUGCUCAGGAAAAAGUUUGGAAAGCAAGAGAAGAGCGGAAUGGGAGCUAUUAUUUCAAACUUCAAACGGCACGACCAGGACGAACUAGAAUAUGCUGUCUUCAAGGAUCAACACUGGAAGGACUUUAUCGAAUCUGUACUUGGUCGCCCUAUCGAUAUAUCUUCUAUCAGCACGGAGGAAUAUAAAAGACGAGAGAAAGUAUGGGAAGUGUUCAGAAGCGAAUGCGCAUAUCUGGUUGAUCACAUUCUAGUCUUGAAAGAGAUUUUCCAAGAAAGACUCCGUUGGCUCCAAUGUGAAGAUCAUCUCAUGCACAUAGAGAUUGUCAAACUCUUCGCUAAUGUUGAUGAACUAUGUACGGUCAGCGCGAAUUUGUGUCGAGAUCUAAUCAAGAACUUCUCAAGCCGACUUUCAGAUGGAGAAUUCGGACAAGCUGAUGCUAUCGUAGCUGCAUUAGCAACUUUUGAGAUGCAAGUGUGUCCUGCAUUUUCAAGCUACUGCAUGAACUAUUCAGGAGCCCUGCAAUAUCUUGAAUCCCUCAAGAAGCAAGAUGACUUUGCUGAAUUUUGCAAGAUAUGUGAGCAGGACAGCCGAUGUAAAAGACUUCAACUCACGGAUCUUCUGAUCACUCCAAUCCAGCGAAUUACCAAGUAUACCCUACUUCUAAGAGACAUCAGAAACUGUACCUCACAAACCAGCGAGAAAGAAUUACUGAAUUCUACACUGAUUUCUGUCGAGAGUGCAAUAAAAGUUGAUCUUGAAGGCAAGGUAGAAUGGUUGGCAAACUUUGAACGAAUGAGAGAACUACAGCAGAUGAUCAGCUGGCCUCCAAUGGAAGAACUCGACUCCAAAUUAUCUGGUCUCGUUCCUGAGUUCUUGAAAUCCACCAUCGCCAAGAAAUCAAGAGAACACGUCUUGUUUAGUUCCAAACGAUCAUUGACAUAUGAAGGACAUGUUCAAAUCUUCGAGAACGGGAGACUACAAGAAGUGUAUGUCUUUUUAUUCGAUGACAUGAUGCUGAUAACACGAAUGCGUCGUACUUCAGGUAACAAGAAGAAAUCCGUUACAGACAACUCUUUGCCCUAUGGACAGACUCAGAGCUAUGUUCCCAAACACAAGGAUGGAUAUAGUUUUGUUGUAUGUAAAGCACCCCUUCCUCUAGAUCGCCUGGAACUUGUGGACAUCGAUGCCAAGCAGGCCUUGGCAAACGGAAUCAAGCAUUGCUUUGUACUGGUACAGCUGAAUAGAUACGGACAAGUUCAUACUCUCUAUGCAUUCUCAAGCUCAUCGGAGACACAUCAGCAAACAUGGCUGGGACAAUUACGAGAUUCAAGAACGAAAUGGAUUCAAGCAAUCCGAGCUGAUUCAAAGAGCAAGGAAGACAAAGAUAGAAAGAAGACCCUCUAGAGACGAUUAUGACGACGAUGACGACGACGACAUUCUAGCCCGACGUCAGAGAGCGUCACCACGUCGUUGUUAUUAAUAUAG